AUGUCAUUCAACGAUUAUAAUAGUGAUGACGAUGAUGACGAUGGUAGUGGUGGUGGUCACGGAUACUAUGACAAGAAUGGAAAGAUAGGAGGAGACAACAAGAGAAGAUAUCAAAGAAAGCAAACAAAAGAUGACAAUAUCUAUGGUGUAUUUGGUAAUGACUAUGAUGACUAUGAUGAAGAUGGUGAUAAGAAGAUGGAUAAUGCAGAUGAUGAUGGUGGUGGUGGUGGAAAACAAUCAUCAGCUGCAAACUAUAAUGCUCAAAAGCCAAUCUAUAAUCCUUACAAGUCAUCAUCGACUAGAUUCGUACCAAGCGGUAUAUACGAUCCAAAUACUGCAAUGAGAUCAACCGAUGAUCAAGUAGAUGGUUCUUCGUCGACAACAUCAACAACAACAACAACAAAGAAAACAAAGAAAAAAAGGAAUGGAUCAAAUGUUAAAAAGAAUAAAGAGGAAAGAGAUAGAGACAAGUUUGAUUCAAUGAUGGGAAAGAAUAGAAAUAACAACAAAUAUCAACAACAACAACAACAAAGAGAUGAAAGACCAAAAGAUAUGCAAGAUGUUAAAGUUACUGGUAUUGGUAGAAAGUUGUUGGAGAAACUUGGGUAUAAAGGAACGGGUGACUUGAGAGGAGACGGUACUGGUAUAGCCGAACCCAUCAAAGCAUACUCUAGACCACAAGGUGCUGGUCUAUCUUCAUCAUUCAAAACAGAUAAACAAUUACAACAAAAAGAACAAGAACAACAAGAUGAUGAAGAUGAAGACGAUAGUGAUGAAGAUAGUGAAGAGGAGCAAGUUAAAGCAACUGGUUGGAAAAAGUCAGAUCAAACAAAGACAAAAGCUAAAUAUGAUAUUCAAGAACAUAUUGGUAAAGCUAAAGGAGGAGAAGACGGAGGAAAAGGAUCAUCAUCAACAUCAUAUAUACCACAAGUAAUCGUUGAUAUGACAGGACCAACAACAAUGGUUAGAACAACUGACAAACAAUCAAAAAAAGAUAUACAUUCAAUGGCAAACAUUAGUUUGGAUGAUCAACUUGGACCAAUGUCACAAUUAAAAUAUAAUAUUGGUCUGUUGAUUAGAAUGAAGGGUAUAGAUAGACAAAAUAUAAACAACAAGAUGAAAUUUGAAAACAACCGAAUAGAAUCAUUGACCAACAGUGUCAGUAAACUACGUUUGGUCAUUGAUUCGGAAAAUGCACAUAGAAAAAAAAUAGAAACACUUAAAGAGAUUCUAGUCAAUCUUCAACGUCAAUUGGACGAUGGUAAAUUAACUCUUUCAACACUAUUCAAACAAUUUAUAGAAUUUCAAACAACCUAUAAAAAAGAAUAUAUUAAAUUAAAAUUAUAUAAUCUUGAAAAAGAUUUCCUUAGACCUUUGUUGAUUAAAAAAAUAGAAUUAUGGAAUAUUGAAAAAGAUCAAAAUUAUUUGGUUGAUGAAAUGAUGAGAUGGAGAUCAAUAUUUGACAAGACAUCAUUAUCAAUUCAUGGUGAUGAUGAUAAUAAUGGUUACGAUGAUGAUGAAAAUGAUACAAGACAAAAAAUAAUGAUGAAUCAAGGAAGUGAUAUUUACUUUAUAUUGAUUAGAGAUUUGGUGUUGCCAGUGAUCAAGACUUUUAUUCGAACAAGAUGGAGAGUCAAGGAAAACACGUCGGUUGUAGUGUCGCUCAUCGGACAUUGGACAGCAGCACUGCCAGAGGUUAUAUUGGACAAUAUUCUAGAACAAUCGAUAUUCCCACGUAUCAAGAAUGAGGUGAUGCAAUGGAAUCCAUUAACCGACCCGAUUCCAAUCGAUCAAUGGCUUCACCCUUGGAUCCCAUUCAUAAAGACUGACUUGGAAUCACUGUAUCCACAAAUCCGACAAACAUUGAUCAGUGUAUUGGGUGGAUGGGAUGUUGCCGAUCAAUCUGCGCUUGCCCUUCUCUCACCUUGGAAAGGUGUGUUUGAAGGAAAUUCAAUGGACUCUUUGUUGAAUCGAUCCAUCACACCAAAGUUCUCAAAAGCAUUUGCAGCAUUCCAAUACGACCAAGUUUUGGUAACCUCGACGACGAAGUUGGAAGACAAUGAAAAUAUCUAUCCAAUCAUUGAAUAUUUUGAAGAAUGGUAUCAACUAUGGUCACCACAAAACAUGAUUCAUUUCCUAUCAAAACAUUUCUUCCCAAUAUUUAUUGAAUCUUUUUGUAAAUCACUUCAACCAACAAAUACAACAAAUAUAACACCUAGUCAAUUAUUAAACUUUUAUCAAUAUUGGAGACAACAAUUUAAAUCAAAUAUUAUGGAUCAGAAUCAAAUCAAAUAUUACUUUAAUAUCAUCCUAGAUUUAAUCGAACAAUACUUGGAUAAAAAAGAAAUUAAACCAAAAACAAAUAUUAAUAUUUUACCCACUAUUAUAAAUAAUAAUAAUAACAAACAACAACAGAAACAAAAUAAUAAUAAUAAUAAUAAUAAUAACAAAAAUGUUGGUUCAUCAAUGAUUGAACAAUUAAAAAAUCAAAUUAACCAAAAUCAUUCAGAUGGAUUACUUAGAGAUUCAUUAGAACAAUUGGCAAAGGAGUUGGGAUUACUAUUCAUUCCAUCCAACAUGUCGACAGAUUCAGGUAAUCAAAUCUAUAAAUUUGGAUCAGUUCCCAUUGUAUUGGAUAAAGUCGGCAUUAGAACCUGCCAACAUUAA